UUGUAUUGGAUAUCAUGAUGCUCAAAGAAUUUUUGAAAGAAUGGAUGGAGAACCAGCUAUUGUAAUUAAAUUUGGAUCCAUUAACAAAUUAUUUUUUAGUGGUCUCGUUGGUCAGGAGCUCUUCCAGUUACUUAUCGUUUAACUGGAAAUAAUCUCUUCCGAAUGGAUGUUAAAACUAAAAAUGUACACCGCCCAAUUAAAAAUUUUAUAGCUAAACUUGAAGGAAGUGAAGAGCCUGAUAAAUGGGUUUUAUUGGGGAACCAUGCAGAUGCUUGGUCUAAGGGAAGUAUAGAUCCAGGAACGGGAACUUCUAUAAUGUUGGAAAUGGCUCGAGUUUUGAGUAUUUAUUCAAAAGAAACUGGUUGGAGACCAAGAAGGACAAUCAUUUUUUGUCAAUGGGAUGCUGAGGAAUUUGGCCUUAUUGGGUCAACAGAAUGGGUAGAACAAAAUUUGCUUCAAUUAAAACAAAGAGCUGUUGCUUAUAUUAAUUUGGAUAAUUUUAAUGGAAAUAUGACACUUAAUAUAAAGGCUGUGCCUCUUCUAUAUAGAUUAAUUGUGGAUGUGGCUUCUAGGCAAUUUUCCUAA